AUUGGCUGGUAUCAAAAGGACACGUGGAGGGAAGAGCUGGGAGAUUUUCAGCAAUGAAAUUUUAAUUAAUGUGGGUGGGCUGAGAACACAAGGACUGUUUAUCAUAGACAAUUUAUUUUCCAGCGCUAAGUCAACACAUAAUAGCAAACUUACAACAAUUAUUUAACAUUUUUAAAGCCAUGAAGAAGGGACAGAGCGCGCAGCGACUGGAGAGAGCGGCAGAUCUCAGGGCAGACGCACGGAGGGCUCCCCGGGAGGGCCCUGGCGCGGGGCGAAGUCCCUAGGCUGCCCGGGCGGCACAGAGCGCAGAGUCUCCUGUCGCUAUGAGCCACCUCUUCAGUCCCCCGCUGGCCGCUCUGGCCGCCUCGCCGCUGCUGUACGUGUACAGCCCCGAGAGGCCUGGGAUGCCCCUGGCCUUCACCCCUGCCGCCGCGCUGGCAGGUCCUGGCCGUACCGAGCCCCCGCAGAAGCCGCCCUACAGCUACAUCGCGCUCAUCGCCAUGGCGAUCCAGGACGCGCCAGAACAGAGGGUCACACUAAACGGCAUUUACCAGUUCAUCAUGGACCGGUUCCCCUUCUACCACGACAACCGCCAGGGUUGGCAGAACAGCAUCCGCCACAACCUGUCGCUCAACGAGUGCUUCGUGAAGGUGCCGCGUGAGAAGGGACGGCCGGGCAAGGGCAGCUACUGGACGCUGGACCCUCGAUGCCUGGACAUGUUCGAGAACGGCAACUACCGGCGCAGAAAAAGGAAGCCCAAGCCCGCCGCGAGUUCCCCGGAGGCCAAGCGCCCCCGGGCGGAGCCACCGGAGCCGGAGGUGGUCUGCAAUGCAGGGUGCCCCGGCCUGGCCACUGCAUGCCCGCCGCGCGCGCCAGAUCAUGUUCAGUCCCCGACGGGAGGCACCGCGCGGCCGGCGCUCCUUCCUUGGUCCAGUCCUGAGCCCUGGGAUGCUGACGCGGACCGAACAGUCCACGGUACCCGGGCUGUGGUGAGCGGCCAACGGGAGCGCACGGUGCAUCGCCCAGUGUCCCCUCUGCGCCCUUCACCCAGCGGCUCCCCCAAGGGUUCCAAGUCUAAGAGUUUCAGCAUCGACAGCAUCUUGGCCGGGAGGCCAAAGCCAGCCUCAGGGGCGGAGGCCUUGGGGGUCCCAAAGUCCGUGCCGGGCUUUCUGGGCGCUUCACUGCUUGCCUCCUCCAGCCUACCACCUCCCUUCAACGCUUCACUGGUGUUCGACCCGCACGUUCAGGGCGGCUUUUCCCAGCUGGGAAUCCCCUUCCUUUCCUAUUUCCCUUUGCAGGUCCCUGAGGCCGCCGUGCUUCGCUUCCAAUAA